CACAAACUUCUGUCAUUUUAUCUUCUGUUAGAUUAAAAAGGAAGAGAGAGAGUGACAUCUUCUUAAACCCUAAAACUUUCUCACUCUACACUUUGCUCCUCCGUAUUCUGUUCUCCACGUCGGGUUUUAGGUUUUUGGCAAGGGUCUCUCCUCGCAGUCGCUGCUUAAGAAAUGGGGAAGCUUGGAAAAAAGGCGAGGAAGUUUGCAAAGAAGAAUCUUCAGUCUGUUUUAAAACAAAGGCGGAAGACAAAGGCUUUCUUCAAGAAGAGAUCUUCUUCAAAAAAUGAGCAGGAUACUGUUGAAGACCGAGUGGAGGAUACAGCAGAGAUCUCUAAAACAAGAAACCUUGAAAGUGAAGAAACCAAAGAUGUUUCUCUUGAUGCAAUUUUUAGUGAAGAUGACACUAAUGUGGACGAAGAUGUUUCAGAAAGUGAUGGAUUUCUUUCAGAGGACUCAAGCUGUUCAGACAUUGCAGAAAGUGGGAGCGAGAGCAUUCUGGAAGGCAGCAGCAAGAGUAGUACAUUGUUGGCACAGAAUGGCAAAAUUCAUGAUGAACUUGCUACGCAGCAGAACAAAUUGGAUAGGUUGAAAAAGAAGGAUCCUGAGUUUGCAAAGUUCUUAGAAAGCUAUAAUGGGGGUGCUGUAGCAUUCAGAACUGAAGAUCGGUUAUCAGAUGAAGAUGAGAUGAGUAAUCAUGGCGUCCAGUCUGUGGAUGAAGAUGGCUUUGUUAUAAAAAAGAGAAAACUAUUGACGAAUUCUGCUGUUAAUUCUUGGUGUCAAUUAGUCAUGAUGGAGGAUAGAGAAUCUGUCCUUACUAAUCUCUUAAAUGGGUAUCGGGCUGCGUGCCAUUAUGGAUCUGAAUCACUCAGUAUCCAUGGUGCUGGGUCUUGUCAUGGAAUUCAGAACAGUGAAACGUUCUGCAAUAUAUUGAUGUUCAUGCUUCGAGAGGCUGAUAAUAUAUUUCGGGGGCUUCUAAAAAUAUCUCCAUCCGGUUGCAGGAAAGGGACUAUUUUGGAGUUGAAGAAUACUUCAAAGUGGAAAACACUGAGGCCACUUCUCAAGUCAUAUUUGAGGAGUACAUUAUUUCUCCUCAACGAGGUGACUGACUCUGGGAUAUUGGUUUUCUCCUUGACUCGUCUUAGCGCUUCUAUAAUAUUCUUUGCUGCUUUCCCGUCUUUGCUACGUAGACUCGUCAAGAUAGCAGUUCACUUGUGGGCAACAGGCAGAGGGGCUCUUUCAUCUUGUUCCUUCCUCAUCAUACGGGAUGCGGCUGUUGUGUUUACCUCAGAGUUCUUUGACAUCUGUUUAAUAAAAAUGUAUAAAUCCUAUAUUGCUCACUGCAAAUUUAUGGAACCCAUCAAUAUUGAACAUAUACAGUACCUGAGGAACUCCCUUGUUGAGGUAUGCUCUCUAGAUUUACAGAGAUCAUGCGGCAAGGCUCUUGUGUCUAUCCAGCAACUUGCUAAGAUACUGCAACAAGGUCUACAAACAAAGAAGGAAGCGGUUAAGAAGAUAUGCAGUUGGCAGUAUGUUAACUGUAUUGAUCUGUGGGUUAUGUUCAUAUCGGCCAACAUACAUGAUUGUGAUCUUCAGCCUUUGUUUUAUACGACUGUGCAGCUCAUAAAUGGAGUGGCUUGCCUGUUUACUGGGCCGAGAUAUUUCCCUUUAAGACUUAGAUGCAUCCAAUGGCUAAAUCAUCUCUCCAAUACUAGUGGAAUUUUCAUCCCUGUUGCUUCACUAAUUUUGGAUAUUUUGGAAUAUAACAUUGGGAAGGAGGCUGGGAAACCAGGAAAGGCCAUCAACUUUUCAUCUACCGUAAAGUUGCCAAAAUUUUGGUUAAAAUCAAGAGACUUCCAAGAGGAAAGAGUUUUAGCUUCCAUUGAACUUCUCGUUGUCCACUUUGCUCAGUGGAGUUACCACAUUUCCUUCCCUGAGCUAGCAACUAUUCCACUCAUCCGCUUAAGAAAGUUUCAUGAAGUAACAUCCAUUGAAAGUUUACGGCGUGUGGUGAAGCGUUUGAUUGAUCAGGUGGAGCUGAAUGUUGAGUUUGUGCAGAAGAAAAGAGAAGAAGUUGCUUUUUCACCAAAAGAUCAUCAAUCUGUUGAAUUAUUUCUUCAGCUUGAAUCCACCCUCAAAACUGCAUUUGCUCAAUAUUACAAAAGCAUUAUGGAAAAGGCUGCUUCAAGGAAUCUGGAUAGAAAUGGAAUUAUGAGUUCUACGGAGAAGAAAAUAUCAAAGAGGUGAGCGUGAAUUGUGGAGAAGAUUCAGAAAAGAAUAAUUUAUGUGGAUAGAAGAGAAGGGGGGAGGGGAAAGAAUGACCAUAAAUCAGAAGUUUAGAUGGGAACUCUUGAAGUUAUUUGAAAAUUUUGUAGAUGUAUGUGGCAUUCAUUUCAUUUAUGCAGUUAAAAUAUAUUUUCUAAGUAUGUUGAAUUGGCAAGACGGUUAUAUUGGACUUUUUUUUUUUUUUUUUUAGUGCAAUUCACUUAAUUAUUUUAUAUAUAAAGAUAUUAUAUUUGAAUAUUGGGUGAUGAUAUGCACGCCUGGGUUUAGUUGGA